AUGAUAGGUCCUCUCAUCCUUUUGUUUAUAUUCUUUCUCAUUAUUUUUCGCACUUAUUUAUACCUCUGUCACCUUCGCAAUCAACGUUUGUCUUCUUUAACUAAAGAACGUCUUGACCCUACCAUUCUCAAAUCAUUUCCAAUCUUCACUUACUCUUCCUCCGCCGUAAGCCAUACUCUCCACGACUGCGCUAUUUGUUUGUCGGAGUAUACAGACGACGAUGAAUGUCUUAUGCUCCCAAACUGUAGUCAUGUUUUUCAUUCUCAAUGUAUUGACGAGUGGUUUACUUCUCAGUCUAAUUGUCCUCUCUGCCGAGCUCCGAUCCAACCGGUGAAAGUUGAGCCUCAUGUUGAACCGGGGUCUGCUUCGGGUUCAAAAGAACCGGGUGAAGGUAGUUCGAAUUUUCCUGAACCGAUUGGGUGUCCAAGAAGACCGUUUAGAGUAAUUGUCGAGUUGCCAUCAGAGGUUUUUCGGAUGGAAUCUCAUACCCGAGGAUAA